AUGUUUUGCGACCCUCGGAACCUUCGCUCGACCGGCUCGACCGGGACGAAGAAGAAGAAGAAGAAGAAGAAGAAGAAGAAGAAGAAGAAGAAGAAGAAGAAGAAGAAGAAGAAGAAGAAGAAGAAGAAGAAGAAGAAGAAGAAGAAGAAGAAGAAGAAGAAGAAGAAGAAAGAAGAAGAAGAAGAAAUGCACAUGUGCCUUCCCCGUAGUUAA